AUGUUUGUCAGCAAUUGCGUCCCACAUCCGGCUCCUGAGCCAAAGGAUCUACUUAGCGAGCUUGAACAAAUGAAGCGACAUUUGUCAGAGUUGGAACGGAAACUGAGCUCGUCGACUUCACUGGAGACUCCAGCAGAAUCUGAGACAGAGGAAGAUGUGAUAUCUUUCAAAAAUACACAUAGCGAUCUUGGCGCGGAGGGCAGACUUAUGUUCGACAACGAUAUAUUUUCUCCGCGAAUGCUGUUGUCGAGAGAUCCACUUACACGCCUCUCCAAGAAAUACAUGGGCGACAUGAAGAAGACCGAGAAGGCGCGCACGGAGUUUCUCAAUCAGAAAAAUCCGUGGUACGCCAAUGAAAAAGACUCGAAGGUGAGUGAGGUCUUUAAGCAAAAACUGUUGCACCAGAUGCCAUGGACAUUGCAUAAGGAGACAGAGGUGCCAACUGAGGACGCUGUCAUUGACACGGAUGGGCGCAGAGAUGGUCUGGGAGGCUAUUUGCAAAGUGUCAUGCCCACUAAAAAGUCUACAUGGCUACUGCUUGAUCGCUUUUUCGAGUACUGGUACCCCCAUUAUCCAUUUCUUGACGAAGAACAGUUCACCUCCUCUAUAUAUGAGGUCAUUGGCGAGCGCAGCAUGGAGGACGAGCAGAUCAAUAUUAUUGGCAUUUUUCGAACCAAGUUGGUCCUGCUCUCUACGCUUUUCUAUCUGAUCCAUCUCGGCCAGCUUACGUUAUACACUAUCAACAUGGAACCCAUUAGCGAAACUGAGACCGACGAGAACCUAAAAUACCUUGUGGAGCAUCCACUGAACAGCCGUCUUCUUACUGCAGCCUCUUGUUGCAGCAAAUGGAGUGGAAGAGCCCAUAUGCCUGCCUUGGCAACUUUACAAAACCUACUGUAUUCCAGAAUUGCAUUUAAGCACUCGCCAAUGGAGGGAGAACACUCAGAUAUGGAGUCAUUUGCUGGAUUGGUCGUUCGAAUGUCUGACAUUUUGGGACUGAACAGGGACCCAACAACUGUAACCAGUUCUCUUACACCAAAGCAAGUCAACCUCAGGAGAAAAUUAUGGCUUGGUGUUUGGACAGUUGACUCUGGAUGGUCUUUCCAGAAAGAGAGUUUUGCACCAAGGAUCCACAAAUAUAACACCAAAAUGCCAGUCUUCCUUGGAGAAACGAACGCGAAUUGCAGAAACGAGAGCGUGGAGCGCGGCUCUAUUGCUGUGCUUCAAAGUCGCGCAAAACUUAAUAGGCUAGUUGCCGCACUCAUGGAGACGGUCACAGACCUCAGCGGUUCAGUUAAGACAUCCUGUCUGCUUGAACGGAUAAGAGAUUUGGAAACAUACCAGGAAAAUAUGACCGGUGAUAUAGUUAUGUUUCUGGAUCCGAACACCCUGGGCGCAGAGGGAAAAAUUACUCAAAUUCAGCGAAUCAGCGGAUGCAUCCAAUAUCUUGAGAUAAAGCACAUGUUGGUGUUUCUUUACUACCAUCUGUUUCUGCAGUACGAGCUGAAAAACGAUAUUUCGAAAUCAAAGCAUUUUUUGAUAAAAAGCAUACGUUCCCUGAUGUCUAUCUUGAUCUUUGGACGCAGUUCAAUGUUCCGCCUUGGUGAUUAUUUUGGUCAUGGAAAUGAGCAUUUAGUGGCCCAUACUAUGAUGCAAUCUGUGGGCAGAACGCGGUGUCUGUAUUUCAUGCUUUUGUUGCGCAUGAAGCAUGUCAUUUAUACAAAGUUGAUCCAGGGAAACACCGAGACAGAACUGGUGGCUGCUUGCAAUAAAAUACUAGAAACGGUCGAAAACUUGGUGGGCGAGGCACUGCAGAUCCAGGGAAAACUGGCAGCAACCCAUUUCAGUGCCUGGUUUGCCUGCAAGAUCCAUUCUUUCGUUUACGCAAGGGUCUACCCUGCAAUGGUGGACUCGCUUUUCAACACAGCGAAGGAGCCAACGGAGGAGCACGAGAACCUAAAUGUCAACAUCAUGCUUAGGUGGAAGAAGAGCGAUUUCGAGCAUCUGGCAGAACUACUCGCCAAGAGAUACGAGUGUGAGGACGCCUGUCUGGGCUCUUCCUUUGCAAAUCAUGCAGAUAAGGCAACAGAUGCUAUUGGCGAAAUUGACUCUGGCUGGAUUGGAAGGAUAAUCACUAACAGAUUACAUCCUUAUAUUGAGGAGAACCCUCUCAUUACAGAGUUUCGACAGGUGCUGAGACCGGAUCAAGACAUGACUAAUACAGACACCCCUCCGGGAACUGGUCUCGAAUUUCUGGGCUCUGAUCUGAACAUUGAUGAUCUCUUCAGGAAUAUUGAUAGUUCCAUCUGGAAUACUUUCCAGCUCUAA